CUGACAGGAUCUGGGAGCAUGGGCUCCCCAGGGGCCGUGGUGGGCUGGGGGCUUCUGGAUUACAAAACGGAAAAAUACGUGAAGACCCGGAACUGGCGGGUGGGCGCCUUGCAGAGGUUGCUGCAGCUGGGGGUCAUGGUCUACGUGGUGGGGUGGGCCCUCCUCGCCAAAAAAGGCUACCAGGAGCAGGACCUGGACCCCCAGAUUUCUGUCAUCACCAAACUCAAAGGGGUUUCUGUAACCCAGAUCAAGGAGCUGGGGAACCGGCUGUGGGAUGUGGCUGACUUCGUGAAGCCGCCACAGGGAGAAAACGUGUUCUUCUUGGUGACCAAUUUCCUUGUGACGCCAGAACAAGUUCAGGGCAGAUGCCCAGAGCACCCCUCCAUCCCGCUGGCUAGCUGCUGGGCCGACCAGGACUGUCCUGAAGGGGAGACAGGGACCCACAGCCACGGCAUAAAAACGGGCCAGUGCGUAGUGUUCAACGGGACCCACAGGACCUGUGAGAUCCGGGGCUGGUGCCCAGUGGAGAGUGGUGCUGUGCCCGUGAAGCCCCUGCUGGUCCAGGCCGAGAACUUCACGCUGUUCAUCAAAAACACCGUCACCUUCAGCAAGUUUAACUUCUCCAAGUCCAAUGCCUUGGACACCCAGGACCCAGCAUAUUUCAAGCGCUGCCGCUACGACCCGUGCUCCAGCCCCUCCUGCCCUGUGUUCCGUAUCGGGGACCUCGUGGCCGCAGCUGGAGGGGUCUUUGAGGACCUGGCGCUGCUGGGCGGUGCCAUGGGCGUCCACGUCCACUGGAACUGCGACCUGGACUCCAGGGGCUCUGACUGCUGGCCCCACUACUCUUUCCAGCUGCAGGAGUGGACCUACAACUUCAGGACGGCCACUCACUGGUGGGAGGCCUCGGGUGUGGAGGCCCGGAGUCUGCUAAAGCUCUACGGGAUCCGUUUUGACAUCCUCGUCACUGGGCGGGCAGGGAAGUUCGGGCUCAUCCCCGCAUUCAUCACUCUGGGCACAGGAGCAGCUGGGCUGGGCGUGAUCACCUUCCUCUGUGACCUGCUGCUGUUGUACGUGGAUGGAGAAGCUCAUUUCUACUGGAGGACCAAGUAUGAGGAGGCAAAAGCUCCAAAGGUGACUGCCAGCCCUGAGCAGACAAAACCGGCAUCUGCACCCCUGUACCUGGCUGCCCAGGCUCCUUAGAGGGGGCCCAGCGCCUGUACCAACGGCCAGGGCUGCUACCAGGAGCUGGACACCAAAGCCUUGGCCCUGGCCCCCGCUUGCUGGCCCAUUCCUGAGGCCUGUUCCCUGCUGUCGGGGGUCGGGGCUGGGAAGGGAGGGGCCUCGCCUUGGGAACCUCAUGGAUGGAGCCCCAGCAGGACCAGGGCAGGGAGUGGGAGAAUUCCAUCCUUAAACUCCCAGGCACACUGUCCCUACCCUGACUCUGGCCUCGGCAGGGUGCUGCCCAGGGAGCAGCAAAAGCCGCUAUUGCACAGAGACCUGCAGCAGAACAUGUCCCAGGGCUCUGGUCACAAGGGCUCCAGCUGUGUCUGGAGAACUCUCUCCCAGCUCUGUCACCAGGGCUUCCAGCAGCGGCCACUCACCAGUGGUCAGCACAGACCCUCCACUGGCCGUGCAGACUCCAGCCCUCUCCCCCGGCAGCACCCCCAUUGUAGGUAGAGCCCCCACCCUCUCAGCGCUGUUCCAGGGUCUGUGCUGCCAUAGUCUAGAGCAGGGUAGAAAGAGGUCUGACAAGAGGGCUGUCUCUGCUGCUCUGGUGCUGGGUGCCUGGGGCUCGUCCCCACCCAGUUUGGGGAGUCAUCCAUGGAAUUCAUAUUGGGGCAGGCAGAUGACCCAACCCACUAGGACCCGGCAAUGGCGCAUGCACCAGCCCUUCCCAGUGGUGGCCCUCAGACUGUGGAGGGCUGGGAUUGGGAGAAGAGGAUGGAGAAGCUGAGCCAGUGGUCACUGGGUCCUUUGGGACCGUCUGUGUGCUCCUUGGUGACACCCAGCCCAACCUCCUGGAACUUGUGGGGGUGGGGAGAAUGUAUAUCUGGAAUUCACUGCUACCCAAGGUCACACACCUAAGAACCAGCCCGAGGCAACUGCUCGAAUGAGGCCCUGUCCUUCGCUUCGAGUGGAGCCCAGUGGCCAGAAGGAAUGCCCCAAACAAAUUCCAGAGGCCCCGGCAGGCUGGCCUGGAUCUGGCUGUGACAUCCUCACAGGGUCUGAGUCCUGCCCGCUGGAGAACUCCCCAUGCGGCAGGGAGCCUACAGCUGGGAGGGAGGUACUGGCUGCAGGGGUCUGACCCUGUCUUGGCUCCAGGGCAGCGGCAGGGGUUUGGGAGUGCCCACCUGGGAGGCGAGGGGCUGCUUUCUCACGGGGCCCGGUGACCAGGCAUGCUGGCCGCUUGC